CGUUAAGGCAGACGCAUUGUCUCGGCUGUAUGACACAGAGGAGCGGUCCAUGGAUCCCACUCCCAUACUCCCAGCUUCGUGUCUGGUGGCGCCUGUAGUGUUGGAGCUGGACGCGGACAUUGAGCGGGCGUCACGUGCAGAGCCUUCUCCCCCUGAGUGUCCAGCUGGUCGUCUGUACGUUCUGUCUGCUGUCCGCGACCGAUUGAUAUAUUGGGCUCACACAUCACCCUCCUCUGGUCAUCCUGGGAUAGGUCGGACGAUGCGCUAUCUUGAAGGAAGGUACUGGUGGCCCACUUUAGCUAAGGGCGUGAGGAUUUAUGUUUCUUCCUGUUCGGUGUGCGCCCAGUGCAAGGCUCCUAGACACCUGCCCAGAGGGUUACACCGGGUCUGGAAGGUGUUCAUGGAGCGUCUGGGGAUCUCGGUUAGUCUUACCUCAGGUUUUCACCCCGAGAGUAAUGGGCAGGUGGAGAGAGUUAACCAGGAUGUGGGGUAUCAGCCGGUUCUGGCUCCUUGGCAUCAGAGCCAGACCGAGGCCCCUGCGGUGGACAAUUGGUUUCGGCACGCUGAGGAAACCUGGGAGGCAGCCCACGUCCACCUUCAACGUGCCAUAAGGCGCCAGAAAAUUAUCGCAGACCGUCGCCACAGUGAGGCCCCAGUGUUCGCACCAGGGGACAGGGUCUGGCUCUUGACCCAAAACCUGCCCCUUCGCCUGCUCUGCCGGAAGCUGGGUCCGCGGUUUGUGGGGCCAUUUAAAGUCCUGAGGAGAGUGAACGAGGUAUGUUAUAGGUUACAACUACCCACUCAUUACCGUAUUAACCCCUCGUUCCAUGUGUCUCUCCUCAGGCCGAUGGUGGCUGGCCCGCUCCAGGAGGCUGAAGUACGUGAUGUUCCUCCGCCUCCUCUAGACAUUGAGGGGGUUCCGGCGUACUCUGUUCGAUCCAUUUUGGAUUUGAGACGUUGGGCGAGGGGCCUUCAGUACCUCGUGGACUGGGAGGGGUACGGGCCGGAGGAGAGAUGCUGGGUUCCGGUGGAGGACGUGUUAGAUCCUUCCAUGUAAUCAGAAUUCCACCGUCUCCAUCCGGAUCGCCCUGC